CCGGUGGCGACCGGAAGCCCCACGUUGCCGUGGUGACCGGGGCGCGACCACCAUGGCGGUGCCGGGCUGGCUGGAGAGGCUGCGGGCCGCCAGCAAGACCGCGCUGCUGCAGGACGGGAAGCGGAAGAUCCACUACUUGUUCGAGGAUGGGAAGGAGAUGGCUGAAGAGUACGAGGUGAAGACCGGGCAGUUAGUGAGUAGAAAAUGGCGAGAGAAGAACACCCUCGGGGGUUCUGGCAAGUGGCAGGUUGAAGUGGGAGAGCCAGCUUUGCCGCUCCUGGAAGCACUGGAGUCGGAUCUCAUAAAGGAAAGCAGCUCCAAUCCUGUCUUCAUGAGGAAGGAUACACGAACCAGCUUCCAGUGGCGAAUCCGUAACCUGCCCUACCCCAAGGAGGUCUACAGCGUCUCUGUGGAGAAGGAGCAGCGCUGCUGUGUCAUCCGGACCACCAACAAGAAGUACUACAAAAAGUUCUCUAUUCCUGACCUGGACCGAUACCAGCUCCCCUUGGACACAGCUGCCCUGAGCUUCACCCAUGCCAACAACACCCUGAUCAUUACGGAAGAAGGCAUGGCAUUUGUGUUGCUGAUUAACCAAAGGAUAUAUAAAUGGGAGUACCUAGAACUGACACUUUAAAGAGUAACUGAAGUCAUAUUUGGACAGGAUGGGGAAACAGCACAGCAAAACACGCGGGAAAGCCUUGAGAAAAGAGAAUGAGCAGCCAUCUGAGGAAGGGCAGCUACCUUUGAAUCACCCCACUGCAGUGAGUGGACGCAGUAGAAGGUACAAAUUUGAAUUCACUUACCUGAUACAAGCACAGCCCAGAAAGCUAUUUAGCUCACUGUUGGACAAAUUGUGGACUGAUGACUGCAAUUUAGAGUGCUCAGCUGAGAUAGAGAUGCUGAGAAAGAAACCGAAGCCUGAAAGGAGUAAGAAACAUCUUUCCCACCAAGCCUGGAGAAAGCUUCCUUGGCAAAAAAAGAUAGAUGGCAUUAUGAAUCUAUAGAAAAGAAGGGCAGGAGAGGGGAUUCUACAGUCUACAGAACAGCAUUAUGAUUCUUCUGACCUCCAAAUCCUGUGAAACUGUUAGCAAUGCCAGAAUAACAUUUGCUAUCACGCGCCCCUCCUGUUACCAGAGAUAUCUACCCACUUCUCUGUGACUGUACAAAUCCAGUGGACAUGCCUGGGUGAAACAGACUCCUCACACUUCUUUGAGUCAGCUACCUUUCCUUUCGAUCUAGCACCUCCAGUUGUGAACCUAUUUGCUCCCUUCACCCAAGAAACUCCUUUUGUUAUUAAAUUAGAGGGUCUCAAAUUUGUUUAAACCUUGGAGUCCUAAGAAGUCCGCUUGUGCAUCUUGGACCAUGCUUCUACAUCAAAAGCUUUUGUUGAAAGCAUUUAGCAGGCAUCGUAACCAAGAACUAGACCCACAGAUUCUCAUUUCACUGAUCUACUUCCACACACGAAAAAUCUGAGCAUGAUAAGAGGCAAAGCCAAGAAGGACUGGAUUUAAGCAAGAAAGCAUCAGCAGUGAUCAGUUAACUAGGGUGUUCAGCACUACAUACUACAACUGUCAGAUCACACUUGCUGUUCAAGGACAGCACAGGGAGCCCAAGUUUUAAAGUUCUCCCUCCUUGUUGACAAUUGCUCGAGUUCAUUCACUCAGUGGCUCUAAGAAGCCACCAAAGUGGAUGCAGAUCAACAUAUGCUGCAAUUUGAAAGAAAGCAACUGAUUUGUGCCCACCUCACUGUACAGACAGAUGUGACCCAGCAAGGGUCCCAGUGAAGCACAUAUUAGAGACCAAGCAGCAGCGAGUCAGCACAGUCAGACAGCUGCUUGUGAUGGUAACACUCAUGUUGGCUCUCAAGAAACAGUAAUACAAUAGCAUUAGAGGUUAACACGGAUUACUAAUCUGCUCAGCAGCUGCCCAGCUACCCCAAGACUCCUCCCACCCCUCUCUGCUGAGGGCACCAGACACACAUCUGAAUCUCCCUUCUCCACUCCCUGGCCACUUCCAUGAAUCCUCUACCUCCCACCUCCCCAGAACUUGCAGACAUCAAAGGCACCUGCCUUGAACACCUGAAGAGCAGGGGAGGACUGACAGUCAAGAAAUGCAACUCUGUAUCUUCCCCGUCCCAGUACACUAUUUUUCCCCCCCCCAUUCCUUUGAAAAAGGUGGCAGAGAUAAAUGGAGAACAAAGAAACAAGAAAAAGCCACAGCCUUGGCCCACACCCUGCCUAUUACUUAAGGGGGAAGGAACUCUUCCGAAAGAGGAGGAAAAAAAUGUGCUCAGACACAAUGGCUCAAAAGGCCAGGCAGCAAACCGGGCCACUUUGUACUGCUAACAAGGGAAACCUAAUUACAGGAAGAGGGCAAAGAGGGACAGAUAAAAGGGAUACAAAAUUUCAACAUCUGUUGCCAUAAAGGGAUAAGAAGUGGGGAAACGCAAAGUGUCAGUUUGGUGUCAGUGACGGCGUAAAGCCACUUUCAAAGGGCUCAGGAGAGGCAGAAAAAUCGAACAAGAAAUUAGAGGGUUCUUAAAAAAAACCAAAAAACCACUCUACCAAAAAUGCUUUCAAAAGAGAGGAGGAUAAGAGACAAAGACUGGAUAUUUAAAAGGUAGAGGAUCUGGGGUGGCUUGCAGGGCACAGCUAACUUUGGCUUAGCUUUUACAACAGCUCUCAUGCCCUGCAUCUGUCGGGCUGUGUCACAGGAAAGGACAGUGUAGGACUUGUGCAUUCAAAGUGUUUACAGCAUGAGGACUACCAUGCCGGAGAGAUCACGGGUCCUCUUUAAGCAUCAAGCUUGGCAGAAUAACUCCAAGAGAUGCUGCAAGGCAACCUCUGGAAUAUCCUACCUUACGGAGAAACAUCCCUAAGGCAGAGGCUGUCUCCUGAAGACAUGCACACCACCACAAUAGUCUGGGGAGCAACAGUUCUCCACAGGCAAAGGACAAAUUCUGGCCUUGGAGCUACUCCCAGUGGUGUAUCACCCUUGUCUCCCAAGGAGAAACUCCCAAAGGAAAUAGGAGGUGAAAAGAAAGAAGGAGAAAGAGAUAAAAAGGAACAGGAUCUGAAGAAAGUUUCCCAUUCUCUUGCUUGCCAUCAACUGGUUGUUCUGCUGCGCCACACACCAGCACUGGCAGAUCAGACAGGAAGGUCUGAGCAGAGAAGGGCAAAAGGAAGCAGAGGCACCUGACAUGCGAGAGGGGCAGCUGCCAUCAUAACCCUCACUGGCACAGAGGGGCAAGGGAACUUGCAAGAGGCUAAGGAGUCAGCAACGCCUGAUGCUUGAUGCAAGGACACAGGUUAGUGUCCAGUGACCCAUACUGCUAAUUGUUCUCCUUUCCUGCGCAGACCUCUAACUGCCCGAGUUACCCACAGCCCCCUCCAGACACACACCUUGAUUCCAAACAGCUAUAAACACACCACAACUUCCCCACAUCUAAAAGCAAUCAGAUGGCAUGAUGUAGCAACUGCGGGAUGAGAUAUGUCCUCCAGAGGUGCAGCUAGCCAGCUUCAAAAGCAUAAGGAAAAAAAAAAAAAAUCCUCUUUCAUUCCAGGAGAAAGGGCCAGGUGUAGCAGCAGCUGGAAUUUGAGCCAUCAGAGACGAUGUCUUGGCAUUAUGCGGUCACUCCCCUGCUUUAGACUCCCCUUGACAAUUGCUUGUUGCUGCCUGUUGUGGCUUUGAUCCAACGCCACCAUCUCAGCAGAGGCAGAAAUGAAAGACAGUUGUGGGGGUGGGAUGCAGCAAGAGGCGUUUCCCUUCCCCACUAAAAAUUUCCUCACUGCUAAAUCCAACCAAGCCCUUUUCAAAGCCCUGAACAUAUUUCCAGGUGAAGACGUUAUCCCCUUCCUCUUGGAGGGAUGAGACUGGCCGCCCCAGGGUUAGGGAACAGCGAAGGUCAUAAAUAUGAAAACAUACCAUGACCAACUGCUACAAGCACUAGCCAAGGACUUAUCUGGCCUGGAACUAAGAAGAUCAGUACACAAAAGGUUAUUUAAGCUUUAAAUCCUUUUGUAGCAUGUUGCAGCUCUCAGCUGUUGGGGAAAAAGACCACCUACCCUAAAGGAAGGGAAUGUCACAGAAACUGCUGUAGUGUUACUUACACACACGUCAAGCAGAAAAAAGACUAGCUAUCAACUAACUGGUCUUGGACAGCACUAAACAUCUAAGUCAUGCAAGGAUCCCAGAGUUUUAAAGAACGCAUUUUAAGCAUUGCUCUACCCUGCCUCAUUUUUUGACGGAGAGGUUGCCUGUGCUCUGCUCUUAGAUAUUAUGUCUUUGCCAUGCUUGGCCUCUGCAGGCAAGCCUCUUGCCCUUCAUUCCCACGAGGAAGGGGCAAGCAGCAAACCCGGGGGGCCCAGUUCUGUCUGUCAGAUGUUAUCAGGACACACUGGGCACAGGAGCAGUCCUGGGUACCUCUAAGAUCUUGAGUUUGCAUGCAAUGCUCCCACUUCUGGAGCCUGACCAGAGAGACAAAAUGCAUAACACUCGAAGAAAGAAAUCAGCGUUCCCCUAUGAGAUUGCUUCUGGCCACCAUGGAGCCUUUAAAAAUGAAUGCAAAGCUCUGCUGGGAAGAGGAACAUUUUAUGGAGAAGUCAAGACCUGGAAGGACAGCUCUGUAUUCCCUCAUUAUGAAUGAUCACAUCAAACUUCAUGUGCUAGUUUCCCUGCCAUGCUCUCUGCUCAGUCUUCUUCCCUGCACGUGCUGAUGAGACUCCCAGCUCUCCACAGAGAGGGAAAGCCCCAGUGGCACGGUACAUUCCAGCUGUGACAGGUGAAGACGGAAGAAUAAGUUUGACACUUCAGCCAUUGCAACAGAGGCCCAUUGGCCUAGGUUGCUUCAGCUUUUUUAUUUGCCUGUCACUCAGGCUUUGAUGUUAUUGAAAGAUCAAACUCCGUUGUGCCUGUUCAUUACCUUAAUCCUAUUUUCUAUACAGCUUUAUUAUCUCUUCAGACUUCCUUGGGAAAGGCUGUUAGAGGCUGGGACAGGGAGGAGAGUUGCCUGUCUCCUUGCCCCUGUCAGAUGCCUCUAUUCAGGAACAGCCAGAAGACUUGAUGGGCAGGGGUAUCACAGCACAAUCCGCAUCAUUCUAGGGUUCUCCGAAGGUACCAUUGGACUAGGUCACCAAGAAACAUGCACCAUAGCUGAAUGCACUGGUGCUGUCUUCCCUGUUCUAGUUCAUUCUCCGUGGGAUCUACCCUUUGCCAAGUCUUUAUUUUUGUUACUUCAGAGAAAAAAAUAAACCAGUUUAUAUUUGUAUUUG